CUGGUUCCGGUUCACCUCUGGCUCCAUGGCGACCGCUAGAGGACCGGCGUAUCUGCUGAUAUUAGGCAGAUGGCGCCGCCGCCUUGGAAUAGCUCCGCAGUCCCGAGCGCUCGCUGCCAUCGUGCCCGGCGUAUCCCAGGUGGAUAACAAGUCUGAUUUCCUGGGGAAGAGGUCCCAUCGCCGGCACCCCGGCAUCCUGCAGCUGUCGCGCGUGCAGGUGCCGCAAGUAUUGGUUGACGCCGCGCAGUUACUGCUGCUGGAGAGCUCGAUGCCCAAAAUGGAGAAACAGGUGCAAGCACUGAACAAUUAUCUCUGGAGUCGGCAUUUACCUGUAGAGCCAGAGGAGUUGCAAAGACGGGCUGUCCAUCUUGAGAAAAAAUUUCUGGAAAACGCAGACUCAUGUCAGAUGGAAAAACUUUGUGGAGAAGUGCUGCAUGCUCUGCGUAGAACUACCUAUCAUUGGCAAGAGUUGAGCUACAAUGAGGGACUGAGCCUGGUGUAUAUGGCAGCAAGACUGGAUGGUGGCUUUGCAGCAGUCUCCAGGGCAUUCCAUGAGAUCCAAGCUCGACUUCCAGAGUUCCAGCCACAAACCUUGAUGGACUUUGGCUCAGGUACUGGCUCUGUCACCUGGGCUGCUCAUAGUACUUGGGGCCAGAGCCUACGUGAAUAUAUGUGUGUGGACAGCUCAGCAGCCAUGUUGGAAUUGGCAGAAAAGCUACUGAAAGGUGGUUCAGGAUCUGGGAUGCCUUAUGUGCCGGGUGUCUUUUUCAGACAGUUUCUACCUGUAUCACCCAAGGUACAAUUUGAUGUGGUGGUAUCAGCCUUUUCUCUCAGUGAACUGCCCAGCAAGGCCAACCGCACUGACGUAGUCCAAACCUUGUGGCGUAAGACAGGUCAUUUUCUGAUAUUGGUGGAGAAUGGAACAAAAGCUGGGCACUCCCUUCUCAUGGACGCCAGGGACCUGGUCCUUAACGGAAAAGAGAAGGCACCUUUGGACCCUCGACCUGGUUUUGUCUUUGCCCCGUGUCCCCAUGAACUUCCCUGUCCCCAGUUGACAGCCUCUAAGCCCCUGGCCUGUAGCUUUUCCCAGGCCUACCAUCCCAUCCCCUUCAGCUGGAACAAGAAGCCAAAGGAGGAAAAGUUCUCGAUGGUAAUCCUUGCCCGAGGGUCUCCGGAGGAGGCUAAUCGCUGGCCCCGUAUCACUCAGCCUGUUCUUAAACGGCCACGCCAUGUGCAUUGUCACCUGUGCUGUCCAGAUGGGCAUAUGCAGCAUGCUGUGAUCACAGCCCGCAGACAUGGCAGGGAUUUGUAUCGCUGUGCCCGUGUCAGCUCCUGGGGAGAUCGUUUACCUGUGAUCACGCCAUCUGAGCUUCCUCCAUCACCUGCUCAAGAUCCCCCUGAGAGAUGACAAGGAUGUGUAACAUGUGUUUUCUUCUAUCAUGACUGCCAAGGCUGAAGCUACCUGGUAUCCAGGAUGGGAGUGCUGGUACUUUUACAGCAAAAAAAUAGUUAAAAUA